AUGGGAUCAAAGGAAUUGGACGGUGUCCCGGAGCCUGGCGUCCCACCCGCUGCUCGCACAGCCAUAAACCCGGCGGAGCUGGGCAGGCUGGGGGCCGGGCACCGGCGCCGACUUUGGGGGGCUCCAGAGCUCAAACACCCGUGGGGGGAUAAGGGGGCCCAGCACCCCCGGCCACAGCACUUCGGGGACGCCGCCCAUCAGCUGUUUGGUGGCGGCACGGAGGGGAGGGGGGAGAGCAGCAAGUGGCAGGUGCUGUCGGCGCUGGAGAUUCUGCAGCCCCCCCAGAUCGACUGCUUCGACGAGAUCUACGUGCUGACGGAGCUGAUGCAGAGCGACCUGCACAAGGUGAUCGUGUCCCCCCAGCCGCUGAGCGCCGAGCACGUCAAGGUCUUUCUCUACCAGAUCCUGCGCGGGCUGAAGUACUUGCACUCGGCCGGUGUGCUCCAUCGGGACCUCAAGCCGGGGAACCUGCUGGUGAACAGCAACUGCGUCCUCAAGAUCUGUGACUUCGGGCUGGCGCGGCUAGAGGAGCCGGACAAGGGGCAGCCCAUGACGCAGGCAGUCUGGUGACCCAGUAACUACGAGCGCCCCGAGAUCCUCAUGGGGACCCCCCACUAUAGGCCCCCCAUUGACCUCUGGGCUUCCGGCGUGAUCUCGCCGAGCUGCUCGGACCGGCGUUUUGCAUUCCUCGUUCCAGGGGCUCCAGCCCCAUCCCAGCAGU